AUGCCGUUCCCCCACAAGCAGGUCCUGAUCACAGGCGCCACGUCAGGCAUAGGCCUGGCGCUCACGGAGCGCCUCCUGGCGAACAAGAUAUCCGUCAUAGCCGUCGCCCGCACGACGGCGCGCCUCGAAGCGCUCCUCGCCAAACACGGCCCCGCCCACCUGGCCAUCGAGCCGCUCGACGUGACCGACCUCGCCUCGCUGCCCGACUGGACGGCCCGCAUCACAGCGACCUACCCAGCCUCCAGCACGCCCUGCCCCUCGGGGCCCCCGACCACCGCCACCGCCACCGCCGACGUCCUCGCCGCGACGACGGCCGAGCUGACGACAAACUACCUCGCGCCGCUGCACACGACGCUGCUCUUCCUGCCGCACCUGCGCGCCCACGCCGCCGCCGGCCGCCCCGCUGCCCUGUACUACGUCACGUCGGCCCUGGCCCUCGUGCCGCUGCCGCGCUGCGCAAACUACUGCGCCAGCAAGGCCGCGCUGCGCGCCCUCGCCUGGCAGGUGCGGGCGCAGCUCCGGGACGAGGAGCGGCAGUCCGGCCAGGACGCCGUCAGGGUUGUCGAGAUUGUGCCGCCGGCCGUGCAGACUGAGCUUCACACGCGACAAGGCCUCGCGCCCAUCGGGAUGCCACUCGCGGAUUUUAUCGAUGAAAUGUGGGUGGCCCUCGAGAGUGGCGAACAGGAUGAGAUCCUCGUCGGGCCCGCGAAGGAAUAUGCUCACAUCGAUGACGCGAAGACGGAGGCAUUCCAGCAGCUCUUAGAAGCGAGGCGCGGCCAGGAGGACGAGGCUUAG